AAGUUACUCCGCUCGCGAUUUCCUGGUUUAUCCCUCCCGCUUGCUCUUUUUUUCUCUCCAUGUCCCACCACUUGGCCUCCAUGUCCCCACCCAGGGCUAGGCUCCUCGUUAAUCUCCAGACCUCUGUAAAGCCUUGUCCUCUUCGCCAAGCAGAGGUUGAUUUCUCUGCCCGCCCUGAGCGCCUCCGCGCCGAAGCCGCUUUCCUCCACUUCUGCGCCCCGUUGCGCCGCUCCUUAGCAGACGCUCAUACCAGGACGCCCUGGGCGCUUCCCCGAGUUUCAGCCCCUUUUCUGCUUUGGCGACUGUCCCUCUUGCUUUCCCCUUCCUUGGCCUCGGAUAAGAAAAGGGGCUGUUUGGGAACGGGGAUCGUGGGUGAGUGGUUCGUCCUCCCCGAGCAAUGAAUUUAAAAUGUCCCAUAUCGUGGAGUGUUGUAGGGGCAGGCUGUGCCAGGCAGACAGACAUCUUUUGGCCAGGAUCAAUUUGACACGAUUGAGCGCCACACCCAGUGGGGCCUGGACCUGAUGGACAGAUACGUCAAAUUUGUGAAAGAGCGGACAGAAAUUGAGCAGGCAUACGCAAAGCAGCUGAGAAAUCUUGUGAAAAAGCACCUUCCCAAGAGGACUGCCCGAGAAGAUCCAGACACAAAGUUUUGUCAGUACCAGGCUUUCCUUCAGGUGGUGAAGGAGCUGAAUGACUUUGCAGGACAACGGGAGGUCAUAGCAGAGAACCUUCUAACCCGGAUCUGUGUGGAGCUUUCCAAGGACUCGCAGGAGCUGAAGCAGGAGAGGAAAUUGUAUCUACAAGAAGGCCGAAGGGCUCAGCAGCAGCUAGAAAAUUCCUUCAAGCAACUUGAAAAUAGCAAACGCAAGUUUGAACGUGACUGCAGGGAGGCGGAGAAAGCUGUGCUGAAUGCAGAGAAGCUGGAUCAGGACAUCAAUGCUACCAAGGCAGAUGUGGAGAAGGCAAAGCAGCAGGCCAACCUACGUAGUCACAUGGCUGAGGAGAGCAAAAAUGAAUAUGCUUCGUAUCUUCAGAAGUUCAAUCACAAUCAGAACCAGUUUUACUUUCGGGAGAUGCCACAGAUCUUCAGUAAGAUGCAAGAGAUGGAUGAAAGACGGACACGGCAUCUCAAGGGAGGCUACAGCAUCUUUUCGGAGAUAGAACAGCAGGUCAUGCCAAUCAUUGGCAAAUGCCUGGAAGGCAUGAAGGCAGCUGCAGAGGUGGUUGAUGAAAAAAAUGACUCUCAAGCAUUAAUUGAACUGCACAAAUCAGGUUUUGAAAGGCCGGGAGACAUGGAUUUUGAAGACUUCAGCCAACCCAUGAAUCGCACCUCCUCUGAUAGCAGCCUGGGCACUCCCCGGGGCACGCUUGAUGGCCGGCUGGACCCCCGACUGCUGGGCAAGAACAAGGGGAAACGCUGGCUCUUCAGCAGGAAGAAUAAGCUCCCAACCCCUCCCCACUCCCCUAUAAAUUGCCCUUCCUCCUCAGCUUCCCCCUACUCCUCUGCCAUCAAUGGACCUCCAUCCCCCAAAUUCACCCGUGACCCUCUGUCUUACUGUUUGAACGAGAUCAAUAAGACAGUCAAACCCCGCAUCACGUCCUUCCGCAGCCUCAAACGGGGGACUGUGGUCACAGAAGACUUUAGCCAUCUGCCUCCAGAGCAGAGGAGAAAAAAAUUACAACAGAAGAUUGAAGAAAGAAACCGGGAGUUGCAGAAAGAGCUGGAUCAGAGGGAAGCCUUAAAUAAGAUGAAGGACGUUUACCAAAAGACCCCACAGAUGGGAGAUCCCAAUAGCCUGGAGCCAAAGAUCUCAGAGACCCUGGGCAAUAUUGAGAGGUUGCGUGUAGAGAUCCAGAAAUGUGAAGCUUGGCUGGCAGAUGCUGAGAGCAGGAUGCUGAGCAACCGCCCUGACUCAGUUACCCGCUACAACCGCCACUUCGAUUCUGCCAGUGCCCUGAACAACAACAACUGCUCGCAUGAAAAAGACAGCCCUGACACUACUCAUUCUAACGAGAGCCAGAACACACUCAACCAACCCAUUUACACAGAGUUUGAUGAGGAUUUUGAAGAGGAGUUGGCAUCACCUAUCGGGACCUGUGUGGCCAUGUAUCAGUUUGAAGGUUCUAGUGAGGGCACCAUCUCCAUGCAGGAAGGGGAAGAGCUCAGCUUGAUGGAGGAAGACAAAGGUGACGGGUGGACACGUGUACGGCGUAGCAAAGGAGGUGAGGGUUACGUCCCUACCUCCUAUUUGCGACUGAAUGUAAACUGAGGGGGGUACUGAUAGCCAAGAGCUGCACCAACAUCACGGUCUGAAUGGAAGAGGGGCGGAGUUUCAGUUGCCUGGAAACAGCUCCAGGAUGCUUGCUCUGAGUGAGACCGUAAAAGAAGGAAUUUGCACCAAAUCACUACUGCAGGACUGCGAGACAAGGACUGACCAGCAGAAUAACAAAACGAUGGCUGUAGCCUGCUGAAAGUAAGGUCUUGGAUAAGAGCCAAGAGGGGGGUUGACUUCCAGCUAGUAAUUGCUCCUCCUUUCCCCCGUUGUCUUCAUGUCAGAGUUACAAAAUACUCCUUAUGAAAUGCCCUCCAGCCGGAGCAGCCAAACACACGCAAUUUCACAUACAGGAAGAUUCAUGGCUCUGGACUGUGGUAGUUGCCCCGCCACGAAAUGCAUGGGUGUACGCAUGCUUUGACCUUUCCUGGCUGCGGGAGCAGAAAGGGUGCGGUUCCUCUUUAAGGGCAGAGCCGGCUGCCCCUCCUGCUUUUCGCCAGGUUGGUCAGAGCCAGAGCAAAGUUUCUGCUUUUAUGCUGCGUUCAGUAGGCUGCGUCCAGACCUCGAGGGGGUUGUGGGUGCGCCAUAUUUGAGGAGGAGACCGGGCUGGGUUAGAAGCCUGGAACGUGUAUCCUUCAGACUGCUGCUAUGCCUGUGUUCGACUAGAAGCAGAGAGAGAGGGGAGGACGGUUGCUGAGCACACCUGUCCACUCCCAGUGCUCCUUCAAUUAGAUGCAAGUGUCACCAAAGCCACCUUGUCCGAGGGCUGGCCAAAGGCCACGCUGGCACCAGACCAACCUCUGUAGAGUCUCUCCUUGAAAUGCACUUUAUAGUUUUCUUGGAUUCGAUUGGCCUGGUUCAUUCAGCCACUCUAAAGUGCCUCUGCCAGAGCAUUCGGGUUUGUUUCCCCCUCGGGGAAUAUAUUACAUGACAGCAAAAGCAGGUGGCUCUGGCCUCUUCCUCUCAUGUCUCUGUGUUUGUUUUUUUUAAAGAUGACUCUAAUGUAUUGCUAGUUGUUUUAUACAGUGACCAAUUUAAUUUACCACUCAGUUUAACGUGUUCACAUACUCUGUAAUGUAGCCUCAGCUCUUCUCCCUCCAGCCUUGGAAGGGAGGGGCCGAAACCUGCCCCUCCCUUCUCUCUUGAGAUGCAGAAUGUAUUUCUGGGUGCCUUUUUACACUUUAUGUAAAUAGUAGGGGGAAAAUUAACUGGUGGAUGCCUGUGCAGUUGCCUUUUUGUUCCUCUGGCCUCCAAGCGUGGACUUCUAAGGUCUGCCGCAUUUGUGUCAUUGCUUGGGAGCGAAAGGACUAUCCUCUGCCUUUCCUGCUGUGCAGAGUUCACCACUCCGCAAGGGAGAGCUGGCGGAGAAGACAAGAGGCAAACGCCAUAGGAAGCCAAGGCAUCCUUCAGUUCCUGCUUGCUUCUGCUUGUCCGUGGAGCAGCAUGACUAGGGGGAAGAGUGUGGGAGAGGGAGGAGAAAGCAGGUUUGUUGUCUGACACUGGACUGGCACUAUUGGUAGAUUAGUUGAGGGGACAUUCCCCUCACCUCCACUCGUGCUGACCCAGGCAGUGCUUCUGUGCAGACUUCUUGUUCGUAAAUCUGGAGAGGCCUGACAACUGUCCCCCUUGGGGAAACACCUUGCUAUGGAAGUAGCUGCUAGCUUCUGCUGGUCAAAUAAAAACCUAAGAACUGCACUGCAUCAGACCAAAGACUCAUCUAACCUCAUAUUCUCUUCCCAUUGUGGCCAAGUAGAUGAUCCACAACAGCAGCAGUACUUUUAUGCUCAUGUUCCUCAGCAGAGAAAGAUAUGAUGCUGUUAGCCACUGGUAACAUAUUCUCUGAAGUAGUCUGAUUCUUCAUUAAAGUUGUCCAAGUUGGUGGCCGUCUCUAGAUCACGCGAGAAAGCAGGAUUCCGCUGUGAGUCCUGUUUGAAGUCUUUCCUCUGUCCUGCCUGACUCUUCAGUGACUGGUUUUGGGUGCUGGGAGAAAACUUGUAUCUACCUGUACUGGUAUUGUCAAAAGGGAUACAUACAAGCUUUCUCCCUGCUUGAGCUUCUCUCAAGGUCUUGUAUAAGUAAGGGAGAAAGUCCUUCUUAAGACAACCUCUGUCAAUAAAACUUUUCUCAAGUACGGCUUAACUUGAAGAAAAAGGUUCUGGAAAGAUAUAUGCAAGUUUCUUUCCAUUUAAUACAAGAAUCAUACUUUGAAAAGGGAAGCAGCAUUAACUGCAGAAUUCAGUUCUGUAUAAUGGAAACAUAACUACAGAAACAGGAAAAGUGUUCCAACUGAGAAAGGUUGCUUUCUUGUUUCAAAAGAUGAACUUGGGCUCUGCUAAUUUGGAUAUGAAUGCAUUGAAACUUUCGGGUGCAGUUAACAAUCUUGGAAGCUGUUACUCUGGAUUUGGGGUCUGUAAACCAAUGCUGUGAAACUUCUAAUCAGGAUAAGAAUAGGCAGAGAGCAAAGUUAUUUUCAUAGCAUGUAAUGAUUAAAACUCAUCCACCGCUUU